AUGCUACCUAUGACCUUUUCAAUGGCUUCCCCCAUCGAUACUAGAGCCUCCGCCGCUUCCGCCGACGCUGCAGCGCCCGCCCCCGGGCCGUAUCUGCCGUUCCCCCCUCAGAUCUCGCGCCUUUCCUCGGAUUCUUGCGCCUCUCCGCCCCAGUUCUCCGCCGAUCCGCGCCUGUUCCUGACGCGGCUAACCCAACUGCAAGCCGCCGACACCGUCGGGGCAACCGCUGGCUCUGCUUUCGCUGCCUCCGCCUCUGCGGGUGAACCGGGCGGUGCUGUUGCAGCGCACGCCGCCGCCGCAGCCGCCGUUACAGAGGGGGAACACCGCGCUGCAAGCUUGAUGGAUGCGGGGAAGCGGGAUGGGGGAGGAGGGGUGGUGGCGGUAGGAAGCAAGGGGGAAUGGGACGGGGGGUAUGAUAAUGAUGGGAGAGGUGGCGGUGAUGUGGGCGGCAGGGAUGACGUGGACACAAUGAUGAAGGCCGAGAGUGAUGCUGACGUGGCGAGUGGCGACAACAGCGGUGGUGGUUGCAGUGAAGAUGAGGAAGACGAUGGGCAUGAAGGGGAUGAGGGGCAUGGGGGACAGGAGGGGCAGGAGAGGCAUGCGGGACAUGGGGGGCAUGGGGAGCACGGAGGGAACGGUAGGGGGCAUGGGGGCCACGAAGAAGAAGCAGGGGAAGAGGAGAAAGGCCAACUGCAGCAGCCGCGGCAAGAGAGACAAACGCAGAAUCAGCAGAAUCAGCGUGGGCCUCAAAGGCUUUUUCGCGGCUCCACUAGGGUGGCCAGUGGCCCUCACCAGACAAGGGCGUAUUUCCGGUGUGCCCGCCACAGCAUGGGCUGCCAGGCCAAGAAAACCAUCGACUCGCCCCUCGUGCUUGACCCUGCUACAGCCGCUGCUACAGCCGCUGAUACAGCCGCUGCAGAUACACACACGACUGCUUCUGAUCCAUCCUCCCCUGUCACAAGCCCUACAGCCAAGGCAGAACCCUGCACUGAUGCAUCCGGCGCUACAGCCGGCGCUACAGCCGGCGCUACAGCUGUCGUCACAGCCGGCUUACCAUCGAUCACAGCCAGCUCUGUUUUGCCGCACAUGGUUGCGUCUGGCGGACCUUUUUGCGCAUCUGGGGGAACGUUUGACUCGCCUGUGGCUCCCUUUGGCUCCUUGACCAUGCUGCAAGCAGUGCAGCUGCAGCAAUCCCAGCUGCAGCAAUCCCAGCUACAGCAGUCCCAACCACAUCCGUUCAUGCAGCCACCACCACACUUCCCGCUGUCCUCGUUUCAAGCACCUGCGUUUCAAUCCACGGCUCAAGUGAUACAUCAUCUGAACAACCCGAACCAGUUUGUGACGUCAGCAGGUCCCCUUUCCACAUCAGCAUUCCCUGAAACACAGUCAGCUGCGCUCAUGCCACUUCAGCACCCAGCCUUAUUAUCUCCCCUUUCCCAACAACAGCAACAGCAGCAGCACCAGCAGCACCAGCAGCAGCAGCAACAGCAACAGCAGCAGCAACAGCAGAAGCAACAGCAGCAGCAGCAGCAGCAGCAGCAGCAGCAGCAGCAGCAGCAGCAGCAGCAGCAGCAGCAGCAGCAGCAGCAGCAGCAGCAGCAGCAGCAGCAGCAGCAGCAGCAGCAGCAGCAGCAGCAGCAGCAGCAGCAGCAGCAGCAGCAGCAGCAAGCCAAUCGGCUGCCAGCACACCCCCCCUGGCAGCGCAGCCAUCCAGUGGGCCCAUCAUGGCACCGCCACCACCACCACCAUUGUCCCGACCACCCAGUUUCGAGGCGUCGAGCCAAGGCAACAAGCGGCCAAUCUAGCUCCACCUCCUCUCUCCCCCCCUCUGACGUCAUCAGCCCUUCCUCCUGCUCCAACCCCUCCCCUCGCAACAUCCCUGCUGGCGUCACCAUGGCUGUAGCUGCUGACGUCACCAUGGCUGUAGCUGCUGACGUCCUCACGCUUGCAGGAGUGGGGUCUGGUGUGGGGGGGUUGGGAGGAGGAGGGGCAGCAGCAGCAGGCGGGGUGGGUGUGGCAAGGGGAGGCACCGUCCGUUCCGCCUCUGCUGCCCACCUGCCCUCCUCCUCCUCCUUCUCCCACCGCUCCCCCUCUGUCCGCCCAGCCUCCGUCCCUCACCUGCCCUCCUUCUCCUCCUUCUCCCACCAUUCCUCCGCACCCCCCAACCCCACCCUCGCUCCCCAACUGCCCUCCUCCUCUCAUCAUCCCUCCUCCCCCUCCGCCCCCUCUGCCCCCCAACUGCCCUCUUUCUCCUCCCUGUGGCUGCAAGCACAUGCCGCCACCCACACCACUCCCCAUAACCCCACCGCUCCUUACAGUCACGCGUCUGGUUACCACCAGCCUAUCACUGGAAGCCCAGGGCAGGGGUUAAUCCCAUGGAAGGGCCCUGCAGAGCACGCACGGGAGGGGAAGCGCGAGAACGAGGGCGAGGGGAGCCCUUCUGGCCGAGUGCCUUGCUUCCAGACGGCGGGAAUGAAGGGUGAAAUGACGCAAUAUGUGACUUCGUCAGGAGUUUUUGCUGCUGCCGCUGCUGCUGCUGCUGCUGCUGCUGCAGCCACUGCUGCCGGUGGUGCUGGCGGUGCUGGUGGUGCUGGUGGUGCUGGUGGUACUGGUGCUGGCACAUGUGGUUCCAGAGGGGACAUUACUCCUGACGUGAGUCAGCUCUUAAAGAGGAUAAGGGUGGAGUGGAGCACUGGUAAGGGAGACAUAAGAACCGAGGAUGGGUCUCAGCGGACCAGGGCUCUUGCGCUUAGGGGCAGGAGGGCAGGAGCGGAAGGAGAAGCAGACAUGGGUAGUGAGCGUGGAGGUGAGAAGCGGGGCGAGACGGGGGGAGAGAGGGGGGUAGAGUGGAGCAGUGAGGGGGAGCAGGGGAAGAAGGCUUUGAGUACGUUUCACAACCAAAGCCCCCUCUUCCUUCGUUAUAGCGCCCCGUGGCCUUCUCCGCACCCGCGCGCGUUCUUCCCUCCCGCUAUAGUCACAUCGGCGCAAGCGUGUAACGCACGUCUAGACGCUAUAGUCACACCCGCGCAGCAGCUGCAUUCGCCAGCCUGUUGGCGCGUGACGUGGCAUCCGCAGAGCACACGCGAAGGGGCUGCUGUAGCCGCAGUGGUGGGCUGCAGUGCCACGUCAGCAGCAUCUGCGUCACGAGCCCCCCCUCAUUCCCUCACCCACCAUACCCUCCACCUCCCUUCCUCCGUUCCUUCCUCCUCUAAUCCCCCAUCCCUCCAUCGUCCCCAAAUCCGCGAACCCAUCCCCGUUAUAGGCAUCUCCGUUUUCUCUCAAGAGACCAAACCAGCCGAACCAACCAGCCAGAAUCAGCAGCAGGAGCAGCAGCUCCAACCCCAGGCAGCCCAGCCCCGAACCUCCCACGAACAUCCCCCGAACCAGCAGAGCCAGCAGGCUCGGCGGAGGUUCGGGGCGAGCGGGCCAACAGGGAGGCAGGCAGAGGCGAAUAAGUCCCAUCUGAUGUACCUAAUAGCUGCUGCGCUGGCCAUGCUGGGCGCUGCCUAUGCCUCCGUGCCUCUCUAUCGACUCUUCUGCCAGGCCACUGGGUUUGGCGGGACGACCCAGCGGAAAGAGACGGUGGAGGAGAAGGUGGCGCGGCAGAAUGCAGACAACACUGCAGCGCCUGCCAGGGAGCUGGUGAUUCAUUUCAAUGCUGACGUGGCAGAGGGGCUGCCGUGGCGCUUCAUCCCCACGCAGAGAGAGGUUCGGGUGAGGCCUGGCCAGAGCACGCUCGCGUUCUACACGGCGCACAACAAGAGUGACAAGCCCAUCACAGGCGUCAGCACCUACAACGUCUCUCCCAUGAAGGCGGGCAUCUAUUUCAACAAGAUCCAGUGCUUCUGCUUUGAGGAGCAGAGGCUUCAACCAGGAGAGACCAUCGACAUGCCCGUGAGUGAGAGGGGCACGCCCGUGAGUGAGAGGGGCACGCCCGUGAGUGAGAGGGGCACGCCCGUGAGUGAGAGGGGCACGCCCGUGAGUGAGAGGGGCACGCCCGUGAGUGAGAGGGGCACUCCCGUGAGUGAGAGGGGCACGCCCGUGACACCCUUCCAUUCCCUACCCCCUCCAUUCUCCCACCCGGCCACCGCUCCACCAUCCAUCUACCAACACUCUGCCACCCACCAGGUAUUUUUCUACAUCGAUCCAGAGUUUGCCAGCGACCCACAGAUGAAGAACGUCAACCACCUCACCCUCUCCUACACCUUCUUCCGUGUUGACUCGCCCUGA